GCUCUCCCGGGCCAGCCCCGUGUCUGGGGACAGCCGUGCAUGGAGGGGCCGCUGCCCCGGGGCGCCACAGCAGCACAGCAGCGAUGUCCGAGACCUCCCCCAGCAAGGAGGCUGCCGCGGCCGAGUGCCCCGUGUGCUACGAGAAGUUCCAGCCCCUGGAGGCCACGCACCGGCGGCUCAGCUGCGGCCACAGCUUCUGCCACGACUGCCUGGUGAAGUGCCUGCUGUCGGCCAAGCUGGACGGGCACGUCCAGAGCAGCAUCGUGUGCCCCGUGUGCCGCUUCGUCACCUUCCUCAGCAAGAAGAAGGCUCUGUGGCCGCCCAAGGGCACCGACCCCCGCGCGCUGGAGGUGCCUCUGUCGCCAUCCUCCCUGUCCCAGCUGGCCAAAAGCGAGGCCAGCAACACGCUGGUGGUGCCCAGCCACUUCGUGAUGCCGGUGCAGAGCCUGGAGCGGUGCCCGGCGGGCCCGCAGGGGCUCCCGGGGGUGCUGGCACGGCAAGCCCACAUCUUUGUCAUCAGCGAGCGCGGCAUGCCGCUGGUGGCCGCGGACUGCGGCUCGCUGGCCGGGCGGAGCGGCGCGGACACGGCCAGCUCGGUGUCGUCCAGCGCGGCGCUGGGGCUGCAGUGCUGCCAGUCGCCCAUGGCCCUGGCCGUGCUGCUCGUCCUGACCGUGGCCAUGCUGGCGGCCGUGCUCCCGUGGCUACUGCUGGUCAGGAGGGACUUGUAGCCCGGGUGGCAGAGAGAACUGGCGAAUCAUCAAAAGUAAAAAAGGAGUUAAUCCUAACGGAGAAUUGUACUCGGACAUUUCACACGCACAGGAUCUGUUGAAUGUGUCAUCUUCAUUCCCAGAAGGAAGCUGAAAUAAAGGAAAUCAGAUUUGACAAGCAGGACUUCCCUGUCAUGAAGCUCUGCUGGCUGGGACUGAUGGCUGCAUUGUCCUCCAGGUAUUUUUCGGUAUCUUCCAGAACGGUUUUUUCCAUGAUUUUACCGGGCACUGAAAUGAGACUGACAGGGCAGUAACUUCCAGGGUCCUCCCUCUUGCCCUUCUUGAAAAUCAGGGCAAUAUCAUCCAACUGCCAGUCCACUGGGAUUUCUCUGGAUUCUGAAAACACCGGGGUGGUGUCGCUGCUGCUGGGACACAGCUGGGCUGGAGCUUCUCUCUGAGGGCUCCUGGAGAAAGCCCAGAAGCAGCUCCGGGUGAAGCUCUCUCAUCUGGCCCGGGACUGAGUGGACUCUCAGACGUUCCUGCAGAUCUCCAGCUGC